AUGAAGCAUGGUACGUUUCCUCCGAAACGUCGAGGUGCAGCAACCUCCUCUGCGGGGCCAAAAGAAAAGAAACCGCGGCUUUCCAAGCUCGCAAAGGAGAAUAACAUCACCAGCGAGGAAGAAGCAGAGAUAAAAGAGGCCUUUCAACUUUUUGCAGCCGAUAAUGACGAGUAUCCUUCUGAGAAAGAAGGUGUCAUCGCAACUCGGGAUGUGCGCCGGGCGUUGAUAGCUCUAGGCCUCGCACCAACCGACAACGCCGAGUUGAAAUCUAUAAUCUCCGCUGUUGACCCGUCUGGUGAAGGGUUCGUGAUAUAUGAACAUUUCCUGUCCGUAGCUGCGCUGAAGCUGCAUAACCGGAGUGAAGACUCGAUAUCUGCAGGGGUUGAGCAUGCAUAUGGCCUAUUUACUCAUGGAACGGAAGGCCCUAUACUCAUGUCUCAUUUGAGGGCGGUUGCGAAGAGCUUAAAGGAAGACGUGAGCGAGGAACUGAUGAAGGAUAUGAUUAGGGAAGCGAAUGGUGGGGAUGGUAUACAGGCGGGCGUCACUAUUGAACAGUUCAAAGAUGUUAUGAGAAGGGCUGGCGUGUUUUAA